AUUGCUUCUCUUCGGCCCACGCAGCAUGAAUUGACAGGUUGCAAUCCAAAAAGGAAAACUCGUCAUGCUUGCUGCGGGCGAUACUGGCAGCCCAAAAGCUAUCAAGUUACCAGCUUUGCAAAACAAGACAGCGAGAAGUGAGCUCCACAAUCACGAGCUCCACAGCGAAACCAUCUCGAAGACGAGACGAGAGCUCUUCAAUUUCUCGAUGCCCAAAUGGAAGCCCAAUCGGCGCUCAAUUGAGUCGUUUGAGGUCAACGACCAUUGAAGCUCCACCGAGGAGUUGAGCUGAUCAAAGCCGGCGCGAUGUGCAUUUGGCACUGGCCUGAACCCCUCUGAGAGUUGACCUGUUGUCUUAACCUGAACACCAGGUUCCCCUGGCUUUUUGGACCGGCCUCACCUUGCGGUGAGCACAGCAUUCUUCGAGAGUAACAGAAGAGGGUAUGGCCCACCAAGAUCGAGAUUCGUCGUCAGAGCG